AGAAUCCUAGGAAUUGAAGAAAGUCAAAACUUUAUAUCCUGGUCACCCUCUGGUACACAGUUUUGUGUGCAUGACAUGCAUCAAUUCUCCAAAGACAUCUUGCCUCAGUACUUUAAACACAACAACUGGCCAAGCUUUGUACGUCAACUAAAUAUGUAUGGAUUCCACAAGGUCGGCGAAGUUUCUGGCUCUCAUUCAAGAGCAUUGAUUCGACAUGAUUCAAACGUAGUUUACAAGUUUCGCCAUCCCGAUUUCCAAAGGAAUCGCCAAGAUCUAUUGCAUCGAAUCAGACGUAAA